AUGAGUGAAGGCGAGCCAGUGACCUUUGAGGAUGUGACUGUGAAGUUCACCCGGGAGGAAUGGGCUCUGCUAGAUCCAUCCCAGAAGCAGCUGUACAAAGAUGUGAUGCGGGAAACCUUGAGGAACCUGGCUUCUAUAGGAAACAAGUUGGAAAACCAGAAUGUUGUAAAUGAGUAUGAAAAUCUCUGUAGGAAAUUAAGGUAA